AUGUCGCGUGGUCGGAAUGUUUGUUCCGUUGACGAUCGCAAGGUGAACAAGGGAGGCGCCAAAGCGGUGAUGGCAGUGGCCGAAAUCCGCGCGCCAAUCGGAAAAAAAUUCGUUCGCCAGAAAACCACUGUUCGGGAAAGUAAGAAAUUGGCGCACGGAGAAAGGGAAGGGACGGACAGUGGUAGAAAGAACUUCUUCUUCCGGCACAAUACGAGCUUUCAAGAUUUCUUUGUGGAAGGUGUGAACACCGUUCAGGAGAAAGAUGAUAAGUCGAAAAUGGUGUCCGAAACGGUUUACGAGCAGUGGAUGGAUUCUGUGAUUGAGAACGGCGUGAAAAAUAUACGCCGAGAAUACUUGGAACUGGUGCGCAGCUAUGUGCCAAGCGGAACUCAACGAGCUUGGGAAUCAGACAAAAACUACGAUAAAAACAGGCAAAAGAUAGAUUCUUUCAGUUUAUCCAGCAUACUAGUGCUGCAAAGGGCUUCGCGAGUCGAUUUUGAGAAAAGCCCCUUCCAGCCACACUUUCGCUUAGUUCGUCAUGCUUUUCCGUUACACUGUAUGCUAAAAUUCAGAUACGAUGAUAUCCGUGUGCUAGACGAAACAAGAGUCGUCCUGAAGCAUUGCGGUAACAUUUAUUUAUGA